UCUCUCUCUCAGGUAACUUGGGUUCCCAGCUGGUGGAGUAUAAAGAAGAGAUGUACAUCACCUCUGACUGUGGGAAGACCUGGAGACAGGUGUUUGAGGAGGAGCAUCACAUCCUGUACCUGGACCAUGGAGGGGUCAUCGUUGCCAUCAAAGACACCUCCAUCCCUCUCAAAAUACUCAAGUUCAGUAUUGAUGAGGGACGCACCUGGACCAUCCACAACUUCACAAGCACCUCAGUGUUCGUGGACGGACUUUUGAGUGAGCCGGGAGAUGAGACGUUGGUCAUGACGGUGUUCGGUCACAUCAGCUAUCGGUCAGACUGGGAGCUGGUCAAGGUGGACUUCAGACAGUCAUUCCCCAGACAAUGUACAGAGGGAGACUACGACUCCUGGAAACUCACAGAUCUGCAGGGAGAGAAGUGCAUCAUGGGUCAGGAGAGGAGUUUCAGGAAGAGGAAGGACACUGCGUUCUGUAUCAAGGGGAGGAGCUACACCUCCGCCCUGACUACCAAGCCCUGCCAGUGCUCCGAGAAAGACUUCAACUGUGACUAUGGGUUUGAACGUGCCCAGAGCCUCAAAACAGAGGGAGAUAGAUGCUUCGCUGACUUCUGGCACGACCCAGACUCACCCCCUCACGACUGUCACCAGGGACACAACUUUGAGUCCAGUACUGGGUACAGGAAGGUUGUGUCCAACUUGUGUGAAGGGGGAGUGAACAAGCAGCAGAGCGCCAAGCAGCACACCUGUCCUCUGCUGCCGCCCAGAGGCCUCCAGCUGGGCAUCAAAGGACAGAUGCUGGCUGUGGCGCCUGGUGAUGACAUCACCUUCAUUGUCCACCAGGAGCAGGGUGACACCAGCAGCACUAAGUACCAGGUGGAUCUGGGGGACGGGAUGAGGGCCAUCUACCAGAACCUGACGGUGACAGACGAACCCAUCCAGCACCGCUACGAACAGCAGGGAGUCUACCGCGUCACCGUCAAGGCUGAGAACGUUGCCGGACACGACCAGGCCACCAUAUAUAUCCAGGUCACAGCCCCUCUACAGGAAGUUCACCUAGAAGUAGUUCCCAUCGCCGGGAUUAACCAGGAAGUCAACCUGACAGCUGUGGUACUUCCCUUUGAGGCCAACCUGACUGUCUUCUACUGGUGGAUAGGAGACAACCUGCAGCCCAAGAUGUCCCUGGGGAACAGUCUGAUAACGAGGUUCCCUGAGGAAGGAGAGGUGUCUGUCACCGUCCAGGCCUCUAACGGACGCUCCAUGGUGCAGGACACCAAGAACGUCCACGUCUACGACCAUUUCCAGGUCAUCCCCCUUGCCUUCAGCAGUAACCUGGACCGCCUCAACCCCAACAUUCCAGAGUGGAGGGAGGACGUGGGUCAGGUGGUCACCAAGAUAUUGGCAAAGAUCACAGGUAUCCCCCAGGUGUCCCUGGUAACCAUGGUGAAGCGGGGCCUGCCCACCACAGCUGACCUGUACGUUCUCCCACCAGAGAGCCAGCGUGAUAAGAGGAGCGUGUUUGUGGAUAAGCGUAUCCCUGCCAUCAAGCAGGCCUUCAACGACAACAACGUUAGCUUCAUCGUAAGAGGAGGUCUACAGGUGUUGGUGACGCUAGCUGACCCGAACGCAGGUUCUCAGGGUGGAGUGGCAGGUCCUGGAGUCUGGGCUCUGUCUGUCAUCUUCCUCAUCAGCCUCCUCGCUACUGGAUCCUUCAUCCUCUACAAGUUCAAGAGUCCUUGGCUUAGGACUGAGGAUGCCUAUCCUCCGCUGUUUUUCAGAAAGCUGCCCGGCCGGAACGUGUACGCCCAGAUGCACAAUGAGAAGGAGCAGGAGAUGACCAGCCCUGUCAAUCACAGUGAGGACACGCAGCACAUCAUCCAGGGGGAGGAGUUUAUCGACGACGACCUGGACUCACAGACUCUAGGUAACGCAGAAGGUAACCACUCGGGCGUGGUGCUGAGCAUCAACUCCAGAGAGCUGCACAGCUACCUGACCAGCUGAUGGCUGAACACAGACACGCUAAUCAGCUAGCCAUGCUAACGAGCACAGGGAACUCUAAUCUGCCUUCCUCCUCUGUCGCUCUGUCUGACCAACCAAUCCACCGCUCCCCGUACAGAGGAAGAGAGAAAGCACCACAGUACUACAGUCUAGCAUUAGUCCCUCUCUGUCCUCUCCUCUCUGAUUCCUCUCCACGGCCCCUUGCUCCCUUGUUUCCGUCUCUCGCUCAGAGGGACACAUAUCCUCCGUUCUGCUCGUCUCUCUAUCCCGUCCUCCACUGCGUUACUGUAACAUCGGGGGUGUGGGCCAACUCUGCUUUUUACCCAGUGUCCUUUGCACCCAGUGUCCUUUGCACCAGUGUCCUUUGCACCAGCGUCCUUUGCACCUAGUGUCCUUGUGUCCUUGUACCCAGUGUCAUGACUGCUCUGUGUAUUCUCAUUGGCUAAACCCCUCGGAGAAUGAUUGGACGCCACCCAGUGAGGAAAGAGAAAUCCGGUGAAAUCACAGAGAACGCCCCGCCUACUGGCCUGCUAUUUAGAAUGCUCAGGACUGUAAGACUCGUCUUUCCCUGACCCUCAUCAGGUAGUUUCCAGAUACGCUAUACAGUGCAUUUUCACAAUGUUGUUACGUUCCAGCCUUAUUCUAAAAUGGAUUGAAUAGUUUUUCCCCCUCAUCAAUCUACACACAAUACCCCAUAAUGACAUCACAAUACCCCAUAAUGACAUC